UUGUUUGCACCUAGCGUGAACGAUUUGUUCAGGAUAAACCAACAGACGAAGGAAGUGAGGGUUGGCAAGGCAAGCUCGAAUCGCGGACACGGCAGAGGCGUGGAAGCAAAAGGCUGACGGGCAAACAACGGGCAAGGGGGAGGGGAGCACGGUCGCGAUAAGAAGGCCGGCGCAGGCAGGAGCCGGACGCCCCUCACGCGCCGCACCACCACCACCUCAGCACCGCGCCGCGUUUCCUUCUCGGCUUCUCCCUCUCCCCUACACACCGCCUCUCCGCCGCGUCCUCCCCGCACAUUUUCUUCUCCUCGCGCCGCCGCCGCCAGCUUCUUUUCCUCCUCCGAGAUGGCCAACGCGGCGUCCGGGAUGGCCGUGGACGACGACUGCAAGCGCAAGUUCCUGGAGCUCAAGGCCAAGCGCACCUACCGCUUCGUCGUCUUCAAGAUCGAGGAGAAGCAGAAGCAGGUGGUCGUGGACAAGCUCGGCGAGCCCAACCUCACCUACGACGACUUCGCCGCCACCCUCCCAGCCGACGAGUGCAGGUACUGCGUCUACGACUUCGACUUCGUCACCGAGGAGGGGUGCCAGAAGAGCAAGAUCUUCUUCAUCGCAUGGUCCCCGGACACGGCAAAGAUUAGGAGCAAGAUGCUGUAUGCAAGCUCCAAGGAGAGGUUCAAGAGGGAGCUUGACGGCAUCCAGGUGGAGUUGCAGGCAACAGAUCCCACUGAGAUGGGCAUUGAUGUCAUCAGGGGCCGUGCUAAUUGAGUGUCCGGAUCGGAUACUGUCUCUAUUUAGGCUGUCUCCAAUAGGAGACCUAUUUGGGAAUCCAAACCCAAAAUAGGUCUCCAACACAAUACCUAUAGCCUCCAACAGAGUACCCUUACAGAAGAUCUAUUUUGGGUUUUGGGUAUCAGGAGAGGCAUAACCCAAAUUUGGAUAUCCUCUCUCCUUGAUACCUAUUUGCAGAGAGUGUUGUCUUUUAGGUCUUGUUGUUGGAGAAGACUAAAAAUAGGUAUGGAACUUUUUACCUGCUACCGAAGUUUCAGCCUGUCCGUCUGCGUUGUGCUCAGUAGCCAGAGUCCUAGCUCGAUGUCUCCAAGCUGAUGACAUGCAAGCGUGCAGGUGUUGGACUUUUGAACAGCCUGCUUAUGUGAAUGCAGUGGAAGCUUGGCAUCAGGCCAAAUCCUUCUCUGGUCUUUCUGUCGUCGUAUAUGCACAUGUUAACGAUGCGUCGUCACUGUAGCUAUCACUUUCGUUCUAUAACGGAACUGAUUAUCUCCUGCCAACUUAACUGGUUUCCUAUAUUUUGUUUCUUGUCGAUUGCAUGCAUGAAGGUGAUGACCUUCUUUCUAGGACUUAUGUCUGGUUUAAGCGAUGCUGACGUGUUUUUUGUUUGAACUUUA